AUGCUUCGAUUCGUGGCUCGUAGAAAUAUUCACAGUGUCCCCAAGCUAAAAAAUGACAGCUUAACCGAGAAAGGCAUCCAGAAUGUGUUGAGUGCUUCUGGGUUCAAAAUUGCAUGGAACGACUAUCAAAAGAGCUUGUGUGACAAAUUGACACUCGCCACAGCAGGAACUUCGUUGGAGGCAUACUUGCCCUUUCAUUUGGUGCUAAAUACGGCCAAAAAGCCUUUCCAAACUCACAUAUUCAAUCUGGCAUCUGCGGCUCAUAACAACCACCUUUUCGUCGAGAACAUAAUACCAUCGUCCACGAGCACGGCUCCGUCCAGGCUGUUCAGAAACCACAUCGAAGAACAGUACAAAUGCACCUGGGAAGAAUUCAAAGACGAAAUGGUCCGGAGAUCGGAAACAGACGUUCUGGGCCAAGGCUGGCUAUUCUUGGUCGAAAACAGCGAGAAGGAAUUGCACAUAAUUACAGUUCAAAAUAACGGAACACCUUAUUAUUUCCCGCGCAACCAGUCGUUUGAUCUCAACUCGGCUCUAAAACUCGAAGAGUUUUCGCAGCUGGAAGCCGUUCGCGCCCUGGUGAAAGAAGGCGGCAAGAUCGAGGACUGGACCAUGCCGCUGAUCGCUGUGAGCUUGUGGGACCAUGCUUAUCUGCACGAUUAUGGCGUCAAAGGCAGAUCCCAGUACGUCAGAAACGUGUUGGACAACCUCAACUGGUCUGUGGUAAACAGCAGACUAUACUCGGGACUUUCGUAG